UAAUUUUUGUUUAUUGUCCUCACCGAUUUAUCUCAAAACUAGUCUUUCCAGAAAAAAUCCUUAAGACUUAGUGGAUUAAAUUGACGACAAAAAAAAAUCUCUCGAAAUUUUUUUCCAGCGUCAAUCGUUUUUGAGAUCGAUCGAUAUUUAAAUAAAAUUUACUGGGUGAUUAAUUGUUGAAUUUAUUGCAAUUACGGAUGACCGAACGAUCGUCUCUCUCUUCCCGAGCGGCAUCCAUUGUUUUAGGACUAGAUACGAGUGGCAGAAAAUUCCAGAAGGGAUCAGCUGUAAAUCAAUCAUCCAGUCCUUAUUUCAAAACUCGACCUCUUGCAGAUUUAACGAAUUUACACAUGGAGGAUAACUGCACCUUCGACAUCUCCCACAUAAAUGGGAUGAUUUCUUCUAGAGUAGUCGGCAGGCGUGAGAUGAUGAUUAAGAAAAAAAUUAUUUCGAAAGCUUCAGAAAAGGAAGACGACUUCUUCGGAAAAUUGUUGAAAAAUAUGGAAAAGGAUGUGAAAAACAGAAAGCUUGGAUUACCCUCUCCGAGUGUUGUGAAGACUUCGCGAAAGACAAUUCUGAUCGGCGAGGGAAAUCUCAAGCUGAUGAAGGGGUUCAAGGAGCACCUGAAAGUGCAGGAAACCGAACGAUUGUUCUCAUUGAAGACGAAUCAGAAAGAUAAAUCCCAAAAUCAGACACCAGGGACUGAUUUUACACGUGAUGAGCGAAUUCAUUCGUCUUAUUCUAGAUCUCCUCAGCCUCCAGUCUUGCAGAAGAUUUCGCCUCGCCCCGGAUACUCCGAGGCUGCAGCUUAUUAUGAGAGUGAUGACCUGUUCAGCCCUCCGAUUCCAUCGAAGAAGACCCAGAGCGUGCUGAGUUAUCCAAGUCCUCCAAGGUCUCCUGUGUUCUACUAACAAAAAUUGAAUCGAAUUGAUGGGUGAAUCAAAAGAAAUAUCGAAUACAGCAGUCGGUGUAUCUUCAAAACAGCAAUUCCAUCAACAACGAAAUUUCUUCGUCGACUUUCUCUCUGGAUUCAUCCCAUCGCCGUCUCACUUAGAACUGAAAAUUUCUUCACGCUUUCAAUUAAUUUUUAUUAAUAAUUUAUU